AGGUUUACCGGCAAGAACACAGAUUGCUGUGUAGUAAAUCCCGAUUUAGUGCAUAUACUACACAUUCACAUACUUUUGGAAACAUGUCCAAAACAUUGAUGAGAUGUUGGAAACCAGUUGAAACACAGUAAAAUUCAACUCAAUAAAACAGGACUGCUUUCUCUUCAUCCACGUUGGAAAUUUUCAAGAAGUGAACUAUGACAAUAUACCAAUUUUUGCUACUAUUUCUACUCUGGGUAUGCCUGCCACAUUUCUGUUCUCCAGAGAUAAUGUUCAGAAGGACUCCUGUACCCCAGCAAAGAAUUUUAGGUGCACGUGUACCUAGGAGUGAUGGCAAAAUUCUGCAUCGUCAAAAACGUGGGUGGAUGUGGAAUCAAUUUUUCUUACUGGAGGAAUACACAGGAUCUGAUUACCAAUACGUGGGCAAGCUUCAUUCAGACCAAGAUAAAGGAGACGGAUCACUCAAAUAUAUUUUAUCUGGAGAUGGAGCAGGUACUCUUUUUAUUAUUGAUGAAAAAACAGGUGACAUUCAUGCCACAAGAAGAAUUGAUAGGGAAGAAAAAGCCUUUUAUACUCUGCGUGCACAAGCUAUUAACAGAAGAACUUUGAGACCAGUAGAACCAGAAUCUGAGUUUGUGAUCAAAAUCCAUGAUAUCAAUGACAAUGAGCCAACGUUCCCAGAAGAAAUUUAUACAGCGAGUGUUCCGGAAAUGUCUGUUGUAGGUACUUCCGUGGUGCAAGUCACAGCUACAGAUGCGGAUGAUCCUUCCUAUGGGAACAGCGCCAGAGUUAUUUACAGCAUACUUCAAGGGCAGCCAUAUUUCUCUGUGGAGCCUGAAACAGGUAUCAUCAGGACUGCUUUACCAAACAUGAACAGAGAAAACAGGGAGCAGUACCAAGUGGUAAUCCAGGCCAAAGAUAUGGGCGGCCAGAUGGGAGGCUUAUCAGGGACCACAACGGUGAACAUCACACUGACAGAUGUAAAUGACAACCCACCUCGCUUCCCCCAGAACACCAUCCACCUUCGAGUUCUUGAGUCCUCGCCAGUUGGCACAGCCAUUGGAAGUGUAAAAGCAACUGAUGCAGACACUGGGAAAAAUGCAGAAGUAGAAUACCGAAUUAUUGAUGGUGACGGGACUGAUAUGUUUGACAUCAUAACUGAAAAGGACACACAGGAAGGCAUUAUAACAGUGAAAAAGCCACUUGACUACGAGAGCCGAAGACUUUACACUCUGAAGGUUGAAGCAGAAAAUACCCAUGUGGAUCCACGUUUUUAUUACCUGGGACCAUUUAAAGACACAACAAUUGUGAAAAUCUCCGUAGAAGAUGUGGAUGAACCUCCCGUUUUUAGCAGAUCCUCCUACCUGUUUGAAGUUCAUGAGGAUAUCGAAGUGGGCACGAUCAUUGGUACUGUAAUGGCAAGGGACCCAGAUUCCGCUUCUAGCCCCAUUAGAUUUUCCUUGGAUCGCCAUACUGACCUUGACAGGAUCUUUAACAUACAUUCUGGAAAUGGAUCCCUUUAUACUUCAAAGCCACUUGACCGUGAACUAUCUCAAUGGCACAAUCUAACUGUUAUAGCUGCUGAAAUCAACAAUCCCAAAGAGAUGACUCGUGUGGCUGUUUUUGUCAGAAUUUUGGAUGUUAAUGACAAUGCUCCACAAUUUGCAGUGUUCUAUGACACUUUUGUAUGUGAAAACGCCAGACCAGGGCAGCUAAUACAGACUAUAAGCGCAGUAGACAAAGAUGACCCUUUAGGUGGACAGAAAUUUUUCUUCAGUUUAGCUGCUGUCAAUCCCAACUUCACAGUACAGGAUAAUGAAGAUAAUACUGCCAGAAUUUUAACCAGAAAAAAUGGAUUCAAUAGACAUGAAAUAAGUACCUAUCUCUUGCCCGUGGUGAUAUCAGACAAUGAUUAUCCAAUUCAGAGCAGCACAGGCACGCUGACCAUCCGAGUUUGUGCUUGCGACAGCCAAGGCAACAUGCAGUCCUGCAGCGCUGAAGCUCUGCUCCUCCCCGCGGGUCUCAGCACCGGGGCCCUCAUCGCCAUUCUCCUCUGCAUCAUUAUUCUGCUGGUUAUAGUAGUACUGUUUGCAGCUCUGAAAAGACAGCGAAAAAAGGAGCCUCUGAUCUUGUCUAAAGAGGACAUCAGAGACAACAUCGUGAGCUAUAACGACGAGGGUGGCGGAGAGGAGGACACCCAGGCCUUUGAUAUCGGCACCCUGAGGAAUCCUGCAGCGAUCGAGGAGAAGAAGCUGCGGCGAGACAUCAUCCCGGAGACGUUAUUCAUACCUCGCAGGACUCCCACGGCCCCGGAUAACACAGACGUCCGCGAUUUCAUUAACGAAAGGCUGAAAGAGCAUGAUCUCGACCCCACCGCGCCCCCCUACGACUCCCUGGCAACCUACGCCUACGAAGGGAACGAUUCCAUUGCGGAGUCUCUGAGCUCCUUAGACUCGGGGACCACUGACGGAGACCAAAACUACGAUUACCUCCGAGAGUGGGGCCCCCGGUUUAACAAGCUGGCCGAAAUGUACGGUGGCGGGGACAGCGACAAAGACUCUUAACCUAGGCUCUCGAUUCUGUUCCAACAAGAGGAGGUAACUCGACGGACACCGUCCCCCCUUCACAAUAUUUGAUAUUCAGGAGAGUUUUCCUGCCACUCAGCACAAUUUUUUCCCAUUUACUUCUUAAUUUGUUCAUUAAUUCCAUUAAUUCUUUCCUGUAGGAUGUCUCAUGGAAUAUAUGCGAAAUUUUAUUUAAUCACUUCCAAGAGCCAAAGCUAUGGAAAUUCAGUGUGGUCCAUCUUAGAAAUAAAAGAUAAUUUCAGAAACACGAACAGGAUAGGAACCUCACAAGCCGCUUCUGUUAGAUACAUGCCCUGCCCUUGCAAAUGAAGCUUUUAUUAAAAAAAAAAAAAAAAAAAAAAAAAGGGUGAAGAAAAACAUUUAAGGUAUAUCCUGUUCUGUACAUUAAAUUAAAAAAAAAAAAGUACAUGUGGUGUUAGUAGGUGUGAUAUGCAACCUGGUAUACAAACGUUUGUGCAAUUUCAUUUCAUCAAAUUCUAUCUGCUAAUGUUUUAUAUUUAUAUUUUUGUAUUUAUUUUUAAAAAAAAUAAACAAGUUUUUACAACUA